GUCCCGGCGGCGCGGCCCGGAGCUGGUUUGACGGGAGGAGCGGCGGCGGAGGAUGGAGGCGGUGGUGUUCCUCUUCUCGCUCCUAGACUGUUGCGCGCUUAUCUUCCUCUCUGUCUACUUCAUCAUAACAUUGUCUGAUUUAGAAUGUGAUUACAUUAAUGCUAGAUCAUGUUGCUCAAAAUUAAACAAGUGGGUGAUACCAGAGGUGAUUGGUCACGCCCUUGUCACUGUGCUCAUGCUUGUUUCAUUGCACUGGUUCAUCUUCCUUCUCAACUUACCUGUUGCCAUUUGGAAUAUAUAUAGGUUCAUUAUGGUGCCAAGUGGUAAUAUGGGAGUGUUUGAUCCAACAGAAAUACACAAUCGGGGGCAGUUAAAGUCACACAUGAAAGAAGCCAUGAUCAAGCUUGGUUUCUACCUGCUCUGUUUCUUUAUGUAUCUCUACAGUAUGAUUCUAGCUUUGAUAAAUGACUGAAGCUGGAGAAGUUGGGGUUGAAGCCAACCUACACUACACUGCACAAUUGAGGAGCCAGAGACGACUUAAACCACCCUUAAAACCAUGACCAUAGCAGUAUAUAUUUUGGUCUUUGAACAAAAAAAACUAUUUUUGCUGUAUUUUUACCACAUAAAGUAUUUACAAAAAAUGAAUUGAGUUUUUGUAGAUUUCUGAUUCAUGAAGGUGUUUCGUGUCCUUUGUGGCUGUUUGGUAGAGGUAGGAAUGUGUGCCAGUUUUGCAUGCCAAAGAGAUAAAGGACACACCUAAAAGAACCCUUACUAAAUGAGCUGGGUUGUCUUGAAGUCUGAAAAGCCAGAGCAGAGAGCAAUACAAACCUGGAGAAAAGAAGAAAGUUAAUUACCCCUUCUUUAUAUUGUGGCAACUUCAUGUUAAUGUGGCUUAAGGAUUUUGAGGACUUUUCAGCUAAGCCUUUCAACAGAAAAUGACAUUUUAAAAUAUAUUUCUUUGCAGUAUUUGAAACCUUAUCAGGCAUGUGCCCAGGUACAAUGUAAUUCCUGCAUAUAAAGGAAAAAUAAAUUUUAAAAUCAAGAUUUUAUCAAGAGCUUUCAUUUUAAAGCUUGUAUCUCCAUGAUUCUCUCCCCACCCUACCCUCAGACAUCAUAAUUGUUCCAUUUGUAUUUCAUCUCUAAUAAUAUGUUUUAAUGGGCUUGGAGAGGUGAUUUGGUAGAAGUCACUCAGAAUUAGGAAACUAGUUGGUAAUUGUUAGUGAAACAACCUGUGAGUGCUCACUUGGUGCAGAAUUAAUCUCACCUCCUUUUCUUCUGCCUGAUCACUGUGUGGAUUGGGAAACCCAGUACAAGCCACUGCAUGCACAGGGCAGUACCUAAGCCCUCUUUAAACUGGCUCAGGCAGAAGCAAUUAACUUCCUACUCUGUUUAUCAUAUCUUGCAGUGUAGCGUGAAUCUGGCAACUCUUCCUCAGUCCUAUUUGCACUUUAAUGUUGGCAUCUUAAGCACUGAUAUUUAAGAAAACAUGACUGUUAACUUUGGCAUGAUGAACCUUGGUGGUAAAACAGUGUGUGGUUUCCCAGAAGAUUAAAUGUUGCCUGUCUUACUGAGAAUUGGUAGAAGCAAGACAGCCAGGAAGUGAGAUUCCCUGUCAGAAUGGGAGAGGUGCUCUGUCUACACUGGACAAAAGGAUUUGGGAUGGCAUGCAAAAUAAAUUCAGAUCUUUGGGACUUUGAAAUCAUGGAAAUUCUCCCAACAGUAAUGUUGUGUUUCAGCUUGGGAACAGGCUAGGAAGCUGUAACAUUGUUAGAGUUACUUUGUGUUUACCUUUUUCUUACUUUUCUCCCUGGGAUACCUUCUGCUUAACAGCCCACCUGCCAUUGCCUGCCAGUGUUACUCAAGCUUCCCAAGCAGAACUGUUGGAGAAUUCAUACAACUGAGACAGGCUGUCAUACUUCAAGUGGCUCCAAGGUAGUGAAGGACUUUGGGCUAAAAUGUUUCAUCUUCUCCAAGUAUUCUUCACCCAAACUGAAAGCAAUUAGUGGAGCACCCUUGGGCUGUCACUUGUCUGCCAGGCACAAGCUGCCUAGUCUUUAAUAACCAAACUUUGUUCUCAAACACUAGUUACAGACAAAACCCCUUUGUUUCUCAUAUUGCUUGUGUAUAUCAAAGUCAGGAAGGGGUUGGGAGAGUCAUUCCUCUGGAAUUUUUGGAGAGGGGUGUUUUCUAUAAACCCUGAAAAUGAGGAUGCAAGCACUGGCCCUAAGUGGUUGUGCCUACAGUGCUGCUGUACAGUGAUGAGCGUUGCAGGGGACCGGUGAGGAUCUACAUUCUAGCACUCUCAUCUCCAAGAUGGAGACAGAGGUCUCAGAGUGUGGACAUCUGAACUCCAGUUCAGUUCCUGUCUUCCUGUGCCCGCUGUAAAAGCUUUAGUGUCAAGGGCCUGGCCAGUGCAGACUACCAUUGGGUGCUUCUAUGCUGGGUCAUAUCCCUUUUCAUGCCUGCUACUCAAGAGGAGAAUGUAGCAAGAACCCAGAGGCCUCCCUCUGAUGUGGUCUAACUUUAAUCCUCUGUACUGUCUCUGGGAAAAAGUGCUCACAACUUUCCAUAUGCUGUCACUUGUAUGCAAUUGGUCUCUCUUUCUAGAUUGUGCGCUCCUGGAGAGCAGAGUCCACUCUGAUCAUGUUUGUGUUGUCUUCCUUUCUCUCCUGGCGCCUAAUACAGUGCCUUGCACACAGAAACAAUAAAUGGCUAUUGAAAAGCAA